GCUGUGCUGUUGGUGGGAUGGAGGGGUUUGCUGGGGAAGUGCCGGCUGGGCACGGCCCACAACUUGCCGAGGGGUUGGGGUGUGGGGUACGGAUUUGAAUCGGGGCUUAAUUCGAUGGGAGGCUUUUGUUCCGCGAGGCGGGGAUGUAACUUUGGCAGGUUGUCACUGCGCAGCGCGGGGUCGGUACCUGCACUGGCUUUGAGGUCUGUGCUUUGAGAUCUCAGCCUCAGCACAGGUUUUUCGUCCCUCUUCUUGGGGAUUUCUCCUUUCUAUCUUCCCGCUUUCUGUCUUCCUGCUUUCUCACAUCCUGCCUUGCGUUCAAGAAUCCGUGUAGCUUUCAGGUUUGUGUUUUCCCUUAGAGGCUGCUCGCUGCUGGAAGAAAUGAGGGCUACUUCUAAAAGCUGGCCGUCCCAACGGCUGGGUGGAUCAACAGCUGUUGCUUGCGUAAAGCGUCGCGUCCAGGCGGUGUUUUGCUCCAAAAUAAGAUGGAUCCAGCUCGGCCAAGGGAGCUGCUGCUCCUUCAGAGCCUGGACGGCAGCGGUCUGCCAUCGCCUCCUUCCUUCCUGGAAGCUCAGAGGGGUCUUGGGCUGCAUCCUUGCAGUGUCCCAAUGUAAUAUCAGCUUGAAGAAGCAGAGGAGUCGAAGUAUCUUUAGCACCUUAUUCUGCUGCUUUCGUGACUACAAUGUCGAACCACCAUCUACCAACAGCACCAGUGCUCUUCCUCCUUUGGUGGAGGAGAAUGGAGGACUUCAGAAGGGUGACCAGAUGCAGGUCAUGCCUAUACCAAGUCCACCAGCUAAAUACCUCCUGCCAGAACUGACAGCAUCAGACUAUGGGAAGAAGUGUGUGGUCAUUGAUUUAGAUGAAACUUUAGUGCACAGUUCAUUUAAGCCAAUUAGCAAUGCUGAUUUCAUCGUUCCCGUUGAAAUCGAUGGAACCAUACAUCAGGUUUAUGUAUUGAAACGACCACACGUGGAUGAAUUUCUUCAAAGGAUGGGAGAGCUCUUUGAAUGUGUCCUCUUCACAGCAAGUCUAGCCAAGUACGCAGACCCAGUGGCCGACUUGCUGGAUCGCUGGGGUGUGUUCAGGGCAAGGCUAUUUAGAGAAUCCUGUGUUUUCCACCGGGGAAAUUACGUGAAGGAUCUGAGUCGGCUGGGACGUGAGCUGAGUAAAGUUAUCAUAGUGGAUAAUUCUCCUGCAUCUUACAUCUUCCAUCCUGAAAAUGCAGUGCCUGUGCAGUCCUGGUUUGAUGACAUGACAGACACAGAGCUGCUAGAUCUUAUUCCUUUCUUUGAAGGACUAAGCAAAGAGGAAGAAGUUUACAGUAUGCUUCAUAAACUCUGCAACAGGUAGCCCUUAACUUUGACUGACUUCUGCUACUAGGUUGCAGUUGCUAGAGGAUGUCUCCAUCUUUUUCAGCUCUUUCAAAUGUAAGCUUUGGGGAGGUCACUCCUGUCAGAAGUGCUACUCUUGAUCUUCCUGUUACAUUGGACACAAAGGACAAUCAUGAGUGAUGCUAUUAAGCCUUCAGAAGCCUGACUCCUAAGGUCACGUGUUCAGACUACUUUUUUAAAGGAAAAAAAAAAAAAAAAAAGAAGCUAUUUUAAAUGGGACUCUUUUAACGAAUUUCAUAAAUGGACAUCUUUUACUGGAUCAGCUUUUCUUAAAACAUGCCAAAAAAGAAGCUUGUAUUUCAGCAGUUGAAUUUCUCUCCCUUUCUUCCCCUCCCACUAUGCAGACAAUUUUACCCCUCCUGCUUAGAGCAGUUGACCUGACUCUGAAUUUUUUCUUACAGAAUGAAGUGCCUUUUUGAAUGUUAUUUUAAGAUAAAAAUUCAUUUUUGUAUAAGACUUAUUUCCAGACAUCUUUUAGUCUUGUAUUGUCUAAAUGCUUUAAAAGGAAAAAGGAAAAAAUUUUAUAGAGCACUGUAAUAUAUAACAAAGGAAAAAGUUAAAAACCAUGAUGCUGGGUUCCUGUCUCCACGCUGACAUUAAGUUGUACCACGUUUUGUCAUGCUCAGAAGGUUUAAGUGUUUGUGGGAGGGGGUGAUUUGGGUCACUGAUGCGGUUUUGGAUACAGCUUUGAACAUAUCUGCAGUUGUUUCGAGUGUUAGGGAGUGAUGGAAUGGAGAAAAUAGGGUGGCAAGUAGAUCUAAAGCACCUUUUAUUCUAGACAGAUGAAGUUCUAUUGUCUCUGCUUACGCACAACUGUCAUGCCUCUCAUCUUUUGGAGAAUCAUUAUCUUGGGAGAACGGGGAGGAGAUCUAUUUAUUAGUUUAAAAUUCUUUCCUUAAAAAGAGACCCAUCUGGGUAAGCUGGAUCUGUAUGGAGCUGUUUGGAGUACUUUUUUCUUUUAAUUGCUGCUACUGUAUACUCACCAAAUGGAGUUGACCAUCGGCUGUUAUACUGUUUUUGCCACUGUGCCUGUGCUAUGAAACAUUUUCUGUAAGCUGCAAACUUGGGCAAUAAAUAAAACGCAGGCUUCAUAACCCUUACGUAUUAAUCCUAUGGUAUCCGAUAUACCAGAAAAGUCAGUAAAAGGUGACCUGCAAAGGGAAUUUUAUUAAUCGUUAUAUUUUUUGCUUCAGUUUAGAUGAAGCCCUCUCCCUUUUUUUGGAGUAUAAAAAAAGCAAAAAGUAUUUUUUCCUUUAUCUAAUCUGUGUUUCUUCUUUCCCAAGGCAUAAGGUGCAGGCAGGGAGCUAUGUCAGGUCUUCCUAGAAGGGCAGAAUGACCAGCCUGGAUUGUCUCCGGAGUGGUCCUCUGCUUUGGGGCUGACUAAAUCUCAUCUCUGAAGCUGGAAUUGUGCUUAGCAGCUCUUCUGCCAUCGGUACACUAGGAUAACUAUGAAACUAUUUAAAACCCUUUGAAGGAAAAUGCACUUUGUUUGUUUUCCUUUCCAGCGUCACCUUUUAAUUGUUUUCCGCACCAGGAGUCGACAGACGUAAAAUCCUCAGCUCCAUUUGGUUGUCACCAAAGAAAACCAAGUGAGAGCAGCUGGUGCUUCUAAUUCACCUAGCACUAAAUUCCGAACAGCGGAUCCCCCUUCGCCUUCCCCUUUAAUCUUGCAAAGUCUUGAUGACCUGGGGGGGGGGGAAAAAAAAAAAAAAAGAAAAAGCGAUGGACUCAUCAUCCUUGUCUAACCCAUUGGUGAAGCAGCUUAAGGAAUCCAUUCAUAGAAGGGCAGGCCAGCCUACACGGGCAGCGGGUAGGUUGGAGUGGGGGCAAUGCGAGCUGGGGUGAUGGAGGCAGCCCCAUGACACUCGUGAGUCUGUGAGUGCGGCAUCACCGUUUUGUUUCCUCCCCGGCUGGCAUUACCACAGUGCUGUACCAUCCUGUGCCACCACAAAAGGCAAAGCUGACACUUAAACGUGACAAAAAGCAACAGCAUAAAAAACCAGACGUUGCUUGAAAAAAAAAAAAAAACAACAACAACAACAACGUGGAUUCUGGUUAGUCCAUCAACGAUGACCUUCAGUUGAAGAUAGUUUCAUUUUGCAUUUGAGUUCAGAGUGAUGAAACUGUAAGCUGCCAAAAAAGUUGUUCUCUGAGCAGUAUUUUCAACUGCGUUUGUCGCUUCUGUGUGUUGCAAACGCAGUUUGCAGGGAAGUAUUCAGGUUGUAGUUAGUCGUGCAGGUAUGAUAGGAAUGGCUGAAAAUAUUCAAAGACUUUCUCGCUAGCGUUAGACCAAACAAUCUUCCAAUUAGACAAGCAGCCCCCCCGAGACGUUCCCAUUUUACGGUUGUAACCUGUUACACAUGAGACGAUCCGUGUCGGUAGUUUGCAUUUAUGAAAGCAGCAAUUUCAUGAACCAGUUGCCUUAAGUCUGUGAAUGAAUGUUGAUUAUUCAAGUGUCUUGUAUUGUUUUCAAAUCCACAUAUAAUGGACAACUGAACUUCUGUUCCAGGUUCUGGACGAAUGGUUCCGAUGACGCUCUGUACAACUCCACUUGUUCUGUAUUGUUUAGUUCAGCUCUUGAAAUACACCAAUUUCCAGACAAAAAGAAAAAAAAAAAAACUUAUUUUAACUGAUUAAAGCAUUAAAAUGAUACUUGGUGACAAUACAAAGGGGUAAAACCUAGCACCAGGUUUGAUCUGUGCUGGCAUUUUAGGAUUCUGUCCUGUAACGUCUGCUGUAGGUUUGUUGGUCUUGUUGUAGAUUGGGGGCUUUUCUGUCCGUUUCUUUUUUUAAUUCAUUCCCAUUGAAAUAAAAUUUGGAGUGUUCGGA